UUCUACUGAUGAGCAGCAGGACUUGCAGAAGACUGGAAAGUUGCUGUAUUUUGUUGCCUCUGACUUUUGAGGAUGUGGCCAUUUAUUUCUCUGAGCAAGAAUGGCAGAACCUAGAGGCAUGGCAGAAGGAGCUUUACAAGCAUGUUAUGAGAACCAAUUACGAGAUUCUUGUUUCUCUAGAUAAUGGACUCCCCAAACCAGAACUAAUAUCCUGGAUUGAACAGGAGAGAGAGUUCUUCCAGAACUGGCAAGAAACACAGAAAUCGGGAACCAUAAUUUGCUCUUCUGCUCGUUUGCAAUUUGAUCCAUUUAUCGAGGGCCAUCAGUUUUGGGGCCCACAAGCUGUGCAUUCAGGAGAAGCUGAGUGUCGUUUCCAAGUAGAUCGUGGAGCGGGCCAGUGCCCCUCCGAACCCUCCCGAGGAGGAGGAGAUGAUGUUUCCUUCAGGCUUGACCAAAGCAUCGCCCUCCCGACCCCACCCGGCCGUGACGCUCGGGCUCUACGUCCAGCAGCCCCCACAACGCGGGAGGCCUCCUCCUGGGGGGGCACCCAGCACCCUUGCGCUGUCUGCGGGGAGAGCUUUUGGACGAAGGACCACUUGGAGAAGCACCAGAAAAGCCACUUGAAGAACCAGCCGUGGAGGUCCUGGAAGAAACGCAGCCGCCAAGCUGAUCAGCAGCCGCAGCGGAGCCGCCCUCAGGCUCCCAGGCGCUUCCGGUGUCCGGACUGUGGGAGGAGCUUCCGGCGGAAGCGGCCUUUGCUCGCGCAUCUGGCUGUGCAUGCGGGCGAGAGCGCCCUGCGGGACCCCGAGUGUCGGACGUGCUUCCCGCCCAAGCAGCCUCUUCUGGGCCACCGCCUCCCGCAUGAGGGGAAGAGGCCAUCCCGGUGCCCCAGAUGUGACGGGAGCUUGUGGUCCAGCAGCGGCAUGCAGGCUUGCCAGGGCCUGCCCGGCCGGGAGAGGCUAGACUCCUGGAGAGAAGGCGAUGGCACCUUCCCGAGCAGGGCUGAGCCGGCCGCUGUGCCCUCGGGAGGGAGGCCGAGCCCGUGUGAGGAGCGCUGCGCCCGCACGGGAGCCGGGGAGAGGCCGUUCUCCUGCGCCGAGUGCGGUAAGCACUUCGCUGCCAGGUCCAAGCUCGCCGGCCACCUCCGUGUGCACACGGGAGAGAAGCCCUUCCGGUGCCCGGAGUGUGGCAAGAGCUUCCGCCUGCGCGGCCUGCUCAGGGGCCACCAGCGCGUGCACCGCGGCGAGCGGCCCUUUCCCUGCCGGAAGUGCGGCAAGGCCUUCGCCAAGCGGUGUAAGCUCACGGAGCACGGCCGCGUCCACAGCGGGGAGAAGCCCUUCUGGUGCGCCCAGUGCGGCAGGAGCUUCCGCCAGCGGGGACAGCUGCUGAGGCACGAGCGGCUGCACAGCGACGAGAGGCCCUUCCAGUGCCCCGAGUGCCCGCUGAGCUUCCGCCUGCAGAGCAUGCUUCGGGCACACCGGCUCCGCCACGGCGGAGAGCGGCCCUUCUCCUGCGGCGAGUGCGGCCGGGCCUUCACGCACCAGUGCAAGCUCCGCGAGCACUUGAGAGUGCACAGCGGGGAGAGGCCCUUCCAGUGCCCCGAGUGUGCCAAGAGCUUCCGCCUCAAGGGCAUCCUGAAGGCGCAUCAGCGCACGCACAGCAAGGAGAGGCCCUUCUCGUGCGGGGAGUGCGGCAAGGGCUUCACCCGGCAGUCCAAGCUCACUGAACAUUUCCGCGUGCACAGCGGGGAGAGGCCCUUCCAGUGCCCCACCUGCGACCGGAGUUUCCGCCUCAAGGGGCAGCUGCUGAGUCACCAGCGUCUGCACACCGGGGAGAGACCCUUCCAGUGCCCCGACUGCGGCAAGAGCUACCGCGUGAAGGCCGACAUGAAGGCCCACCAGCUGCUGCACGGCGGCGAGAUGCCCUUCUCCUGCGAAUGUGGCAAGGGCUUUGCCAAGCAGUCCAAACUCAUCGAGCACAUCAGGACCCACACGGGGGAGAAGCCUUUCCAGUGUCCCAAAUGUGACAAGAGUUUCCGCUUGAAGGCUCAGCUGCUCAGCCACCAAGGCCUGCACACAGGGGAGAGACCUUUCCGCUGUCCCGAGUGUGACAAGAACUUCCGGGAAAAGGGACACAUGCUUCGGCACCAGCGCAUACAUAGGCCUGAGAGGCCCUUUGCCUGUGGCGACUGCGGGAAGGGCUUCAUUUAUAAGUCGAAACUAGCGGAACACAUCAGGGUGCACACGAAAUCCUACAGUGCUCCAAAUGAGCCGGACAUUAAGAAGAGGCUCAGCCAGCUGUUUGCGAUGAUCGAGGCCGACUGGAGUUGAGGCCCGUGGAGGGUAUCCAGAGCCUUGGGGGAGUUGAUAUGGCCUGGAAAUUCACAGCAGCCAGAGCCAAACCCACUGGAAGACAGAUUUUAGGAAGAGGGCCCCCGUUUUGAGCAAGAAUGUAACUCCGGUUAGGAAGUUGAGAAACCACCCAGGAUUUUCUUAUUUAGCGCACCACCUGUCAUAUUUCCUAUCUAUUGAUAAAAGAGAUACCUGUUUUCCCUGCCAUCGUAAGUGGUAACUUCCCCGCAAAUGCUAAGCUAGCUCUGAAAUCCCCGCUGGAACUAGGACAGCCCCUCCAGUACUGUUCUGCAAGCUGAGGACGUGGGGUGGCUCUAAAAUGUCCACUUGAGUCUUCUGCACGGUGUGAUCCUAAACUGGGGGGUUUAAAUCCAGUGGAUUUUGUUUGCAAGCCUGAUAUGAUGUUGGAUUUGUUUUUGAGUCAUUUAUUUUGAAACCGACAGCAA